AUGGCGGUUUCCGACGUCUCGGAUCUGUUUCGACUCAUCGAUGCCUCCGAUGCAGCACCUGGACGUAAGCGGCGCACCGGUUUCGAGGGAUUCAGCUGUUGCAAGCGCCGACGCGUGGCGCCGCGCACGUUCAUUUUUUGCGAGCUGGUGCUCAAUGAAGAUGAGCUGACGGCGCGGAUCUUGGGCUAUGCAUCGCCUGGUGCCUUGCAGAUGCUGGGCAUGACGAACAAGCUCUGGCAAAAGCGAGCCUAUGCCUUGGCGUCGGCGGUGCAGGUAGAUAUGAACUCCUGGCCCUUUGCACUCACCGAGCUGCGUGAUGCAAGGAAGAUCUUCCGCCUCGAAUUGUCGAGUCUUGAUGAGCUUGAUGGCUUCAAAGAGCAGCAACUGAAGGAUUCGAAAGUCACCGAUGCCGACCUUUCUGCGGCAUUGAGGAGAUUCGGAUCAACACAGGUGGCUGGACUGGUGCUGAGCAGCUCCAAGCUGAGCUCCUCCGCAACCAGCCAGGCCUUGGCCACUUUUCACAGCAACCUCCAGGAGCUGUGUCUGAGUGGAUCAAACUUGGGGGCGGAGGUCCAGAGCGCUCUGGAUCGCUGCGUCCGGCUGAAGCUUUUGCAUUUGGACAGGGUGCAGGUGUCGCCGCCCUGCGCAGCCAAAGACUUGCAAGAGCUGAUUCUGGGCGAGCGGGUCAUUUCAUCCUCCUGGCGGAUUGGGCAAUUCCAGAACCUGAGGGUCUUGAACUGCUCUCACCGCUCGACCAGCGGCUUGCUGCCCUUGGAAGCUUAUCGAUUCAUCCUGGAGGCUUUCUGUCACUGUCACAACUUGGAGGAGAUCAACAUCUACAAUGCCACCCAGGUGACCAACGAGAUGCUGGCGGUUCUGGUGCGCGGCUGCCCGCGUCUGCGGCGCUUCAGCGGGUGCCUCACCGCGCCCUUGAGCCGCUUCGCGCUGGUGGACUCGCUGCGCCAGGUGGACUUCCCGCUUCCCGACGGCGAACGGAAGGUGCCUGCCUUGGAUCUGAGCCCGGAGGUUGCGAGAGCCUUCGAGGCCCAUUUCGCAUCAGCCCACAUCUUCAUCGACAACGUGUGGGCGGAGCGAUUGGAAGAAGACAGCGACGUGUGA